UAUAAAAUCUAACAAAACCUUCCAAGCAUUUUUAUAUCUCAUUACUUUUUUUUUUCUCUCUCACAAUGCUUUGUACUGCGGUUUUUGCAUAAUUAUUAUAUACCCUGAAGAUUUGGAAAAGACCAUACAAAUGGAACCUUUUGAUCCACCCUUCCAAGAAUUUUACAAGAAACUAUUUGAUGAUAAUUUCUUCAAUGGACCAUGCCCUGGAGGCGAUGAAAUAGAAUUUUCCCACAAUGCCAAAGAGUGCAAGUUUGAGCUGCCAUUAAUCGAUCUAAGCCACUUGAACAUAUAUGGCUUCAAGCGUGAGGAUUGCAAACGAGAAAUUGCUAAAGCUGCGCAAGAAUGGGGUUUUUUCCAAGUAGUUAAUCAUGGAGUUUCGCAGGAAAUUCUGGAAAAGUUGAUGAGUGAACAAGUGAAAGCAUUCAAGAAACCGUUUCAGGUGAAGGUUAAUGGCCUCCCUGAGCUAAAUUUUCCUACAGGAAGUUACCGAUGGGGGACACCCUCAGCAAAUUGUCUCCAACAGUUGGCUUGGUCGGAAUCAUUUCAUGUUCCAUUGAUUGAUCUCUUAACAAUAGGUGCAUGUGCUGCCGCCGACUUUAGCAAGAUAGUGAAACAAUGUGCAAUGAUAAUUUCCAAGCUAGCAAAUGAACUAGCAGAGAUUUUGGCCGAAAUGCUAGGCCAAAAGUCCGACUUCUUCAAAGAAAAUUGCGUGCCUAGCAUGUGUUAUAUUCGCAUGAGCCGAUAUCCAGCGUGCCCUUUUUCUCCAGAAGUGUUUGGAUUGAUGCCUCACACAGAUAGUGACUUCCUCACGAUAUUACACCAAGAUCAUAUUGGAGGCUUACAAGUACUUAAAGAUGGAAAAUGGAUUAGUGUGAAUCCUAAACAAAAGACCCUAAUCGUUAUUGUUGGGGAUCUUUUUCAGGCAUGGAGUAAUGGUGUUUUCAAGAGUGUGGAGCACAGAGUGAUAGCCAACAAGCAAUUUGAAAGGUUUUCAACAGCAUAUUUUUUAUGUCCGUCCUUUGAAACAAUGAUAGAAAGUUCUGAAAAAAGUUUGAUUUAUAAACGGUUUAGUUUUAGAGAAUUUAGACAACAAGUUCAAGAUGAUGUCAAGAGACAUGGUCAUAAAAUAGGCCUUUCAAGGUUUAUUCUAUGAACCCAUCACUUUUUUUUACAUUAUUAGUUUCAUCUAUGUGGGAAAAAAAUAAAGAUAUUGUUUUUAAUAGAAACAUAAUAAUUACUUUAUAGAAUAAAAAUGAAAGUAUAUAAACAUAUCUUAUAAACAAACUCUUAAUAGUGGUUUUCUUUAUUUACGAUGCUUCGUGUAUCUUUUGUUGUUAGCUUUCAAAGUUAUCAUAUACUUUUAAAAGUUUUCACCAGGUCAUUGACCUUUUUUUUGCGAGUAAUAUUUAUAUCAUAUGUUGGACAUGGUUA